AUUCGGCCCCCGGAAUCGGAUUAUUCGAGAACUUCCUAUUACAUCUCAUUUGUCCCGGUCGAAUAUCAUCCUAUCGGCCUCCUAUCCAGCUAAAAGACACGCUUGGGCGCCGAAUAAUUUGAGAAACGAUCGUACUACCUUAGACAACUCAGUUUGUGAUCGACAGUUGACCCGGGAGGGAAGAUUUUGCAGACUAUAGUGGUUGUUUCUGUCAGGCCGACCCGUGGUUUUCGACGUAUCUAUGGAUAUCGUUAGAGGUGUUCCGCCGUCAACGAACAGCAUGAUGCGCCACCCAUCCGCUGAAGAUCUUGAUGCCGCGCAUCAACUUGUAUCUUCUGCCCGUGGAGCAAGGGAUCAGGCUGCGGAUCCUAGCUCUUCAGGGGCUGGAGUAAGAUCAGAUGGCGGCGAGAUGCUGAAUCUAUCUGAUACCGAAAACCCCCAGAACAGGGCAAGUCCUGGAAGAGAGAAUCAGAUGCCGAUGGAAUCAAACGACGAAAAUCGGCCUAAUGCAUCACGCCAGUCGCCAAAGUCCCGUGGCAAAGAACAGGUUUUCCUCGGCCAUUCGUGCGUCAACUGCGGAACGAAAAGAACUCCUCUUUGGCGCAGAGCGCCCAACGGUUCUACAAUAUGCAAUGCCUGUGGCCUAUAUCUGAAAGCCAGAAAUGCUGAUCGCCCCACGAAUCGCAAUCGUUCAUCUGCCAUGACUGGACCAAGUACACAGCAAAAUAUCAACGCACGAACCAGCAUAUCUCCCAGCGCCACUGGCGGUUGUUCCGGUCGCCAGUCGAAUGCAACGAACGAUGAAUCGGCUUCAGUUGGGACAUGUCCGGGUGGUGGCAGUUGCAACGGAACGGGUGGUGCUGUUGGUUGUGAUGGCUGUCCAGCAUAUAAUAACCGUGUUUAUAAAUCGUCUUCCCGACCUGCCCCCGUGCGACACGCUGCAAGAGUUUCUCCUCAAGCCAUAAAUCAGCCUGGAAAUAUGAGCCACGAAACGAACGAUCUGUUAGAUGUCCCUAAUCAAGAGGGAGGAGUACCAACUGCAUGCCAAAACUGCGGUACUACAGUAACUCCAUUGUGGAGGCGAGAUGAUCAGGGUCAUCCUAUUUGCAAUGCUUGCGGGCUCUACUUCAGGUUGCAUGGCUGCGCUCGACCGGUAGCCAUGAAGAAAUCGAUUAUUAAAAGAAGAAAACGCGUUGUUCCAGCCCUGAGGGAUAGGUCUCCCACAGCAGGUUCUUCCAACGAUUCUUCAGUCUCCCCCGAGUUGCCACCCGCUUCCCUCGCCUCACACCAACUCGAUACCCGGAGAUACUCGCAUGGAGAACAAACCAGCCCCUUCGUCGCGAAUGCCAAUGGGCAGCUAUCUCCUCACAUGCAAACAACAUACCCAUCAAAUCACUCCGCUCCUCCGGCCAUCGACUUCACCGGAUACAACGCGAAAUCGACUUCUCUUCCCCACCAUGGACCACCACCAGGGGGUCUAUUCAACGGUGAUCGAGUCGUCCCAAGCGAGCAUUUAACUUCAAGUGCGACUCCAAAAAAGCGUUCGCAUGAAGAAGCAAAUGCAUCAGAUACACAGGCCAACGCUCUUCCCAAUAACUCCCACAUCCCAGCAUCUGCUCACCUCCCCCCAAUCAACCCCUCAGCCGCGUCUUCCGUUUCUCAUCCUGGCCGCUUAAGCUCAAUUUCUUCCUUGCUUAACCACGCGGAAAAGUCUUACGAAGGUUCAUCUAUUGACCCAUCUCUCAAUUCCAACGGCUCCAGAUCACAGCCGCAUCCCCCUCCGUCGUUUUCCCCUUCACAUGCACCUGCCUCAUUGUCCCCUUCUGGGUCCGGUUGUACUGGUUCACUUCAGCCAUCAGCCGCCGUUGUUGGACCUACGGCUCUUUCGGACGAAAUGCUCAAAGCGGAACGAAGAGCUCAAUUACAGCGAGAAGCCGAGAACAUGCGUGAAGCUCUCCGUGCCAAAGAAAGGGAGCUUGCUGCCUUGGAGCCGUGAUUCGUUCAGCACGGUCGUUCAGUGCUUGUUCGGGAGUUUGUGAUAUUACUUGCUUCAAAUUGAUUUGCCCGGAUUGUCCUUAUAUGUAUCGGUUUUAGGGAAAGGGAUGGAUAGCGGGAUGCCAUGAUGCAUUGG